CUGGAUAGUGUCAACACGCUCUGCCCUGGAGCAAAGUAUACUGCACUGUGCAUUCUCUUCUGGAUCCCUUCACCUUCCCCAUUCCCACCCUAUCCACCCUGAUUCACCCUUUCUGCCCCUUUCAUACCCAUCCACACUGCACCUGCCGCUCCCACACGCCCAACCUCCAAAGUCAGUGGAAAGAAUGAGCUGGCUGAGUAAGUUGAACCCCCGAGGAACCGGCAACCGGGUGAGCCGGGCUUCAAGUCCCCAGUCUCCAGUCACUGCCGACCCUGAGACCUGCUUCAUGGUGUUUAAAAACCACUGGGCACAGGUGAGUCGUAUUCUGGAGCGGCAGGACUCGCGAACAGCGGAUGAAGCGAGUGCAGUCCGUAAUUAUACCGAUCAAAUGAUGUAUCUGUUGGCAGAGGAGAGGCCACAGGACAGCACAGGGAUUGGUCCCAUCCUGGAGCUUGUGAUUGUGGAAGGAAUCCUGGACAGGUUGCUGAGUUGGAACCUGCGCUGGCAAUUCAGUGACGACAAGAAAAUCGAGCAGCUGAAGCUGUAUGAGCUGCUGGUCAGUCAGUCCCAUCAGCAGCUGCUGCGACACAAGGCCAUCCUCUUGCCUUUGAUGCGGUUGCUGAGCGCUUGUGUGGAACCACGUUCCCCAGUGGUAGAGAACAACCUGGUGCUGCUUCUCAACCAGAUCUGUGUGUCAUUGACCAAGGAGCCUUCGAUUCUGGAACUGUUCUUUCACAGUCAGACCAACCAAGGUCCAGCAAAGCUCCUUAUCUUCUCUAUUCUGGUUCCCUUUAUCCAUCGCGAUGGUCUGAUUGGACAACAGGCACGAGAUGCACUGCUCCUCAUCAUGGCUAUCUCUGCAGAGAAUGACACUGUGGCGAAAUACAUUGCUGAGAAUUCCUACUUCUGCCCGGUGCUGGCCACGGGUCUCAGUGCACUUUAUUCGUCUUUACCUCGAAAGAUCGAAGUGCGAGGGGAUGAUUGGCAUGCACUCAGGCGUGAGGAUUGGAUGGGAGUCUCCUCACUCACUAUGUUUAUGAACUCCCUGGAAUUUUGUAAUGCUGUAAUUCAGGUUGCCCACCCACUUGUGCAACAGCAGUUGGUAGAUUAUGUUCACAAUGGGUUCCUGGUGCCAGUUAUGGGACCUGCACUCCAUAAGACUUCCAUUGAGGAAAUGAUAGCCAGCACGGCCUACCUAGACCUCUUCUUGCGCAGUAUCACUGAGGUGGCACUUCUCAAAACCUUCUUGCGCUUUAUCGUCCUGCAUCGGCAUGAAAACAUCACAAUCCUUGACACUCUGACCAGCCGCAUCAGCAGCAACUCUAGGCUCUGUAUGGUGUCCCUCAGUCUCUUCAGGACCCUGUUAACCCUCAGCUGUGAGGACAUUAUGCUUCAGCUUGUUCUCAGGUAUCUAAUUCCAUGCAAUCAUGUGAUGUUAAGCCAGCGGCGUGCUGUCAAGGAUCAGGAUUUCUAUGGGAAAACAGCAGACAAGUUUCUGUCCUUAAUCCCGGAAUGCUGUAAACCAGAGAACUUUAGUGGUAUGGAACGAGAAGAGGAGCAUGCUGUCUGGUCUAAAGCUCACGGAAGUCCGAGUGUCGACACCUCGACUGUGACUGCUGCAGUGCCCAAGCCCUCGACACCUGCUCGCAUAGCGCUGUUCAUGAGGCAGCAGAGCACAGGCUCUGAUGCAAUCAACCCACCUCGAUCGCCAGGAGGAACUGAAUCCCCUAGCUGCAGUCCUGCCCACAACAACUGGGAGGACGUGUCAGAAUUGGACUCUAACUACUUGGAAUACUUGCGAGAUGCUCGCCGUCACAUUGACCAAUGCGUCAAGGCCUGUGGGAAGUGGUCAGCACCAUAUGAUGGGCAGGAGCCAGAUCCUCGUAUGGUCCAGCCCAUUCCGUUUGAUGCCAAUGCCAUCAACCCACACAUGGACCAUUUUGGUUCAGAACAGCAGAGAGAUAGUCUCCAUCAUCAAAAUCAAACCCAACUCAGCCCAGACACUGCUGCCAAGAGUGAUGGACUGGAAAAUGGUGACUGGGAUGUGAAGUACAACAAACAGAACAUGACCAUCACUCCUCAGAGUAAGAAACGCAGCCUGCAGAGGGAGGCAGGGCCAAUGAGCCCUAAGCUCCAGCUUUCUACCUCCUCCUCCUCUGCCAAGCAUGCUGAACGAGGCAGGAGUGAGCUGUGGAUAGCUGGAGACCAGACUGAUAGUAAGUAUGCCAGAUCCAUGUUGAAUGGGUCUCAUGAGAAAUAUGUUGGCACGAAACUGCCCGGAACCUCAGAACGCAACGAAAGCUGCCUAAUGGUCAAGAAGGUUCGGAGAGAUAAGCCUGAGGGAAACUAUGGGGACUGGAAAGGAAAAGUGGCGCAAAAAACUCUAAGGAACGAUGCUACCCAACUGCAGGGGUCAGGUGUUGUGGAAGGGUUACUAGAACACAGAGUGGUGCCCGAGAGUAAAGCUGAAGGCUCCUCCGUCAGUCAGCAGUCCCUCACAGACUCCGAGUCCAUCGACAGUCUAAUAGAUGUGCUACUUGACCAAGCACCAGCGGAGGCCAAUGGCCAAGGGCUCAAUGUGGAGAAGUUCACAGAGGAGCUGAGGGAGAUGGAGGCUCGGAUGGGAGACCGGUGUCACGCAGAGGAGAGGGCGAGAGGUGGAGGGGACCUGCAGUCUGAGGAAGAAGAGGAAGAGGAGGGGGAGGCAGAUGAAGACACUGAGAGACACUCCGUACAUUAUAACGACUGGCCAGGAGCCUCUGGGAAGCUGACUUCAGUGAGACCUGACCCCCAGAUAAUGAUCAACCUUGAGCGAAUUGGACAGCCACAGAGUCAACCUUUCACAGGUUCGUUUAUCGCUGUUCUGUUUGCCAAGCUGGAAAAUAUGUUACAGAACUCGCUCUACGUCAAUUUCUUACUAACUGGAAUUAUUGCGCAGCUAGCCUGUUACCCCCAACCCCUCCUCCGCUCCUUCCUGCUCAACACCAACAUGGUAUUUCAACCCAGUGUCAAGUCUCUAAUCCAGGUUCUUGGGUCUGUGAAGAGCAAGAUUGAGAUGUUUGCAGCCACUCAGGAAGAUUUUCCCAUGAUGCUGUACAAGGCAAGGAAAUAUUUAAUCGCCAGAGGGAAACUUGACUGGUCAGAAUCUCCCAACUCUGUUCCUCCACUGCGACGCUCUGAGAAUCUAGUAAAGAGUCGAAAGCCCUCCCUUGGUGAGCUGAUCCUGCGCCACACCAACAGUCCCACAAGGGCCCGCCAAGCUGCCCAGUUAGCUCUGCAGCAUGUGCGAGAGGGGCAGGUUCUGCAUGCACUCACUGGGAGCUCUAUCUUUAAGAGUUCGGCGGAGAAACAAAAUGAGGCACUACGGGUGAAGAAUGCUGUUUACUGCUCACUUAUCUUUUCGGAGUUCCUGAAAGAGCUAGCAGCCAUCGCACAGGAACACACUGUCACGUCUCCCUUCUUACUGGAUGACAAGGAGGAGUGACGGCUGGAGAAUAUGGAGAGCAGGAGCAGCCAGUUAGCACAUAGCACUCGCACUGACUUGGAGCAUGACAUAAGCUUCCUUUAAUAGUAACCACGGGAUCUGUAAAUAACACAUCUGACUCUGCAACACAUUGUGGUACAGAAGUUCCAAACUUCAUUCCAAAGAGUUCUUCAUCGACAUUUGGAAGCAGAAUGUAUUCCUCAAUUAUUCUCAUCAGGUUUCCACAGUGCGUUGCUGAUAGUGGUUCACUUCAGUGCUUUCUGACUGAUUGCUGAGACUCGUCUCACACUGGGCAUUGUGCAAGAAAAAAACCAUAUCACCAUCCUCUCUCUGGACUGAGCUGCAUGUUUGGAAGGUUGAGAGUGGGAAAGAGAGAGACAGAUCAAUCUCCGGGUGUCUUGGAUCCAACUGUAGAUUCAAAGAGAGAAAAAUUUACACACUCAUUUUAUCGAUGAAUGUUAUGCAGAAAUUUCUGCUGUGUAAAUGUUGAAAUA